CCCCCCUCUUCGUCUCUGGCCUCUAAUGGCUCGACCCCUCCAAACACCGGGUGGCACAAAAGCAGUGGCACGCUACCACUUCCUUUCAGGCAUACCAAGAGGAGGAGCAGCGGAUCAGGAGGAUGUCGGAGCAGCAGAGCGCCCCGCAGCAACUUGCUGCUGGGAAGAGCCAGGGUGGAGCCGGAGCCAAGUAUAAGGUGGUGGUGUUUCAGUUCGAGAACUUCCAGGGCUGCAAGGCGGAGUUUUCCGCAGAGUGCAAAGACGUGACGGAGAAGGGCCUGGAGAAGGUCGGCUCUCUGAUCGUGGACUCAGGGCCCUGGGUGGGCUACGACCGACACGGGUUCACAGGGGAGCAGUUCGUUCUGGAAAAGGGCGAGUACCCGCGCUGGGACACCUGGACCAACAGCCAGCGCAGCUUCUCCCUCCUGUCGCUCAGGCCGCUCAAGGUGGACAGCGCUGAACACAAGCUCCACCUCUAUGAAAGCCCCGGCUUCACCGGCAGGAAGAUGGAGAUCGUCGACGAUGACGCGCCCAGCUUGUGGGGCCACGGGUUUCAGGACCGCGUGGCGAGCGUCAAGGCUCUCAAAGGAACGUGGGUGGGCUACAUGUACCCGGGCUACAGGGGGCGCCAAUACGUCUUCGAACGAGGAGACUUCAAGCACUGGAACGACUGGGAGACCCCCUCUCCAAUGAUCCAAUCUGUCCGACGUGUGCGGGACAUGCAGUGGCACAAGAGAGGAUGUUUCAUCAUUCCUGGCCCUGACCCUGCUCCGGCCCCUGCUCCCAGCCCAGACCCUGAUCCGGCUCCGGCUCCUGCUCCGGCUCCUGCUCCGGCUCCUGCUCCUCCUGCCCCUCCCGCAACAGCCGGGGCCAGCUGAGCGGGAUCCUUGCCUGCUCUCUCAAACUCCAGCUCUGCCCCACUUUGCCGGCCCUCUGCCCUCACCUAAGCAUGGCAAACGCUACUUGUAGCCUGUCACGAGUGCCAUGUGUGUUUCAGUGGCAAAUAAAGGUUGUUUGACCUGAAA